AUGAACAGGAGAAACCGUCUCCCUGCUGCUGCGCCUCCAAGAAACCCUCCACACAGACCCGACUGGAGCUCCGAAGUCUGUAUUUUCAUCAUCUCCUUAGCGAUCCCCGUCAUCUGCUUCCUCAUCGCCAGUUAUAAACAGGCGUAUUCGCGUCAAGACUCUGCCGGAAUCGUCUCCGAGGUGUUUCACUUUCCGGAGAGUUUCGUGCGGGACUACGAGCGGGUAGAGAGGGACUUGAAGGUCUACAUCUACCCGGACAGAGACCCUGGCGGGUACUUCCAGUCGCCGACGGAGCUGACGGGGAUUUACGGCAGCGAGGCCUACUUCUUCAAGAAUAUAAAGGAGAGUCGCUUCCUCACCACUGAUCCUCUCCAGGCUCACCUCUUCUUUAUUCCCAUUUCUUGGCAUCAAAUGCGGGGAACACAUUGUGAGAAAAUGACCAGUAUAGUUGAGAAUUAUGUGGAGAGCAUAAUCUCAAAGUACCCCUACUGGAACCGAACUCAGGGUGCUGACCACUUUUUUGUGAUAUGUCAUGAAAUUGGUGUGGAGGUUGCUGAUGGAGUUCCAUUUCUUAAGAAGAAUCCAAUUCGACUUGUGUGCCCAGCUACCCAUGAUGCUCAUUAUAUUCCAUUCAAGGAUAUUCCCCUCCCUCAAGUAAAUCAAUCAUUUUCUCAUGCCAUUGAUGAGAGGAUGAAGAGUGGUUUCUGGGAACGCAUUCCCAAUUCUGAAAUAAAAGCCACUCUGGAAUCUCUGUGGGAGAAUGACUCUGAACCUGACAUCCAGAACAACCUUAUGUUUACUGCUGAAGGAUAUCUUCUAUUUCAUCACAAAGUUUAUGGGACAAAAUUCUGCAUAUGCCCUCAUGGAUUCCCACCCGAUUCUGCCCUUAUAGCUGACUCCAUCCGUUAUGGAUGUGUUCCUGUUAUCUUCUCAAGCUACCUGAAUUUCCCAUUCAAUGAUGUUCUUGACUGGCAUAAAUUUUCAAUAAUACUCGCGGAGGAGGAUGUACAUUUGCUUAAGGAUACUCUUGAAGGCAUACAAGGUGCAAAUUUCACCAGAUUCCAAAACAACUUACUCAAGGUCCAGAAGCAUUUCGAAUGGAACUCACCUCCACUCAGAUUUGAUGCAUUUCACAUGGUCCUGUACGAUCUCUGGCUGCAUCAGUUUUACCAGCCUGAGUCACUUUUAGAAAUCUUCCUUCUUUACCCAGGAAAACUACUAAUGGUGUCUGCAGCCAUAAGCAUGUGCAUAAUGGCUUGCAUGUGGAAGUUUGUUCUUAAUCUGCCAUGA